AAGCCCUUCUUUCGAAUCUAUACAUAUUUCUAAAUAACGAAGAUGUGAGAUCAACCUUGAGUAUCUGGUCGCAUCGCUUUCCGCCAGUGACUGAUAUAGUUACAGGUCAUUCGCACGGUCGAUUAAAGUCGUUGGUCCUGCUGGAGUUGGCAAAGCUACUUCGAUAGGCUGCAUGCUCUUCAAGGUUUGCAACAACACUCUCAUCCUCCAUUCGAAUCGAUAAAUGACAUCUAGACUAUCACGUACUGACUGAUAUCUCAAGUAUGGUGGCAUACCUAUGGACGUUAUAGAAGUAUUUCAGCGAGAUGGGAUCACAAAAUAUGACCAAGUCCCUGCCAAGCUUGCCACUCUUAAAGUUGUGCCAACUUUUGAUAUCCCAAAGUAUCAUAUUAGUAUUCUUGGUACGUAUUCAUUAAUAUAAAUCGAAUAUCUAUCAGGAAGCUUGUAUGAUUGACAAAUAAUAGAUUCGAGCAGUGACAAAAAAGCAGAUUGCACUAUUCUUGUUAUAUCACCUGAUAAGUUAUUGGAGAAUGUGAACUGUGAUGUGAAAUCCAUGAUGGCAAUCCAAGAAAGUGAUAGGAUCAUUAUAUUAUUGAACAAAAUGUUAGUAUUUAUCUAUUUUUUAUUUUUUUAUUAAUUAUUCUAUUGAUUUAUUCUUAUAUGCGAAAUCAGGGAUAUAUAUGAUUGGUCUGAAGCACAGUUUCGAAAGAGUAAGAAGGAAAUCUUAGACUAUCUCAUUUCCUUGGGGAAAGACAUUACUCGGUAAGGAAUUCGCUAUCAUCUCUGGAACAAACAAUUUCUUAUAUACUGCUAGGGUUUUCAUUGUUCCUGUCUCUUCUACCAGCGGAGAUAACUAUAUCGGGACAUCGUUGAAGAGUUCUUGGUAUGUCGAGAAUUCUAAGCCAAGCGCUACAGUCUUGGAUGCUCUGACUUCUGUUCUGGCCUAAGCUUUGGAAUCAGGAAUUUCAUGGACAUAAUAUCAUUAUCUUCGAAUUUAUUAUCUUGCCUAUAUUCCGUC